CUCAUUCAAAAAUCACGGUCCGGAUCUCUUGCCAUUCGCAUCCGAAACGCAAUUUCCCGCCUGCUUCUGACUCUCCGUUUGUCUCAGAGCAGCCCUUUCAAAGCCUUGUCUACAGACAUUGUCGAACGUCUUUGUUCACAGCAAUUGCUUCUUGACGUUGCGGCAUCCGCAUCUUGGCUCCAGCAUUUGGCGCAUUCACGGGCUUCUCUGUCGUGAUUGCUCUGUUGACGCCGUUGAAUCUCAACCAUCGUCAACCAAAGCGAAGCGGGCCCUCGUCUCUUUUCGUAGCGCGACCCACGACAAGCUGCCUCGAGUCGUUGCUGCUGGUCCAUCGCCUUUGAUACCCUAUUUAUUGCGAUAGCUCCCCCACUCGAUCGCCUUUCCACGGCUCCUCUGCCCUCGUCGCCAACCAAAGCCGCCUAGACUGCGGCCAGCCUCAUCCGAUCUUUUUGUUUGCAUGUCCCUCAUAUAUAAAAUCGAACACAACAUGCCGCGAUCAUCUUCCGGAGAGCCAACUAAACCGUCCAAGCGAAAGGGCACCAGAAGUGUUUCGACCCUGACGCCCUCACAGCUGGCACGCAAGCGGGCCAACGAUCGUGAGGCUCAGAGAGCCAUCAGAGCAAGGACCAAGGAGCACAUUGAGCGUCUGGAGCGUGAACUGGCCGAGCUCAAGGGCGUCCAGAGCCGCGACAGAAAAGUCCAGGAGCUUCUCCGUCGGAACAAAUUCCUCGAACAGGAGAUUGCCCGGCUCCGGGAGCACAUGGGCUACACCGCCACAGACUCGUCCUAUUCCUCGAAUUCCGCAGGUACGCCAGGUACCAUGCCCAACAGCGCUCAUGACCUUUACUUUGGACCGCUAACUCCAGGCCCAUCAGUCUACGACGACAACCUCAGCUCGGGCAGCGGUGCUGUGCCGAGUCCGAGGGUGUCGCCUCUGCCAUCCAGUGACUUCAACCAGAUCCCCGACUACGCACAGCAGUCGUAUGGCCACAUCACAGGCGCUGGCGGCGAGGCGUGGCCAGCAUCCGUUGCGCCAAACCCCGUCCUGGGCAACAUUUCCAGCCCCUCAUCUCCCGCCCAUGGCGAGGAGUACAACGCGGCCUACAUUCCCACAAGCGUGCCCUCGAUGAUUCCGGCCACUCUCAAGGACAUCAAGCAGGACUACGACGAGAUGGACCACGGCAGUGGGCUCAGGCUCAACACCUCAACUCUGCAUAAUUUGCCACAGGCAUAUAUGCACCAGCAACAGCACCAACAUCAGCACCCUCAACACCCGCAACACCACCACCAGCAGGCACCGCCGCCACCGCCGCUGCACGCAUAUGCUCAGCAACACCAGCAACAACCACCGCCUCACCCUGCGCACAGCGCAUCGCCUCACACGCCGCUGCAGCAGCGAACUCCGCAGUGGAAUGCCGCGUAUUCUUUAUACUACCCUCCAGAGAUGGCCGAUAGCCACGCCAACGCUGGCAUUCCUCGAUGAAUCGACUCGCCAUCGACUGCUGGUCGCGUGCGUCUUUUGUGGCAAGACGCCAUCCAACCAAGCUCGCAUCAUUGGCAACACUAAAUCUUGACAUCACCGAACCUUGGGAUUUCGGCCACGACAGCCCGCAAGAGGGACAUGCCUGAACAGCGAAUACAAAGUCCGCAGCGGCCUCCAUGGCCCAUCUGCACGCUUACGACCGUACAACCUUGAGGGGCAACAACCAAUCGGCACAAUCGUGGAAGGGAGAAAAAAAGAGAUCCGACAAAUAGCAAACGAAUCUGGAUUGUAUACUGCAUCGCAGCGGUGGGCACUCAGACCAAGAAUCCAG